CCCGACCAAGUAGCUACACGCUCCAGCGCCGCAGCUGUUCCAUGUUGCACGGGCCCUGUGAACGCGCCUCACUCUCAUAGCGGGCCGGGCUGGGCCGGCUCGGCACCGCAGCAGCUGCUCAGGGCGAAGCCACCUUUGUGGUUUUGAAAGCUGUCUAAGGAGCGGGGCUGCUGCCGCUGUCCGAGCCGUUGGCUGGCUCCAUGGUUGAUAUGACAUCACUACCACAGUGCUUGCUGGGGCUGUGUCACUCAUACCGUGAACUGGUGAUCUGCAGCUUUGGGCGACUGCCUGGAAAAAAAUUGUUUCAAGAAGAAAUCCAGAGGAAGUCCAGGAGAUAGUCGUUUGGAAAAGAUACAGUGACUUUAAGAAACUGCACAAAGAUCUCUGGCAAAUUCAUAAAAACGUAUACAAGCAUACAGAAUUGUUUCCGCCUUUUGCCAAAGCUAUAGUAUUUGCGGAGCAUGAUCAUUGUCCAAGCCGCUUUCAAAGCUGAUACUUGCUGUCCAAGAUUUAAAUUGAAAACAAAGAUAUGCUCUAGGAGUGGAGAAGAGAUGCCUAUAUAAAGCAGUAUAGGGGCGGUUUGAUGAAUCUGUGAUUAAAGAAAGAAGACAAUGUGCUGAAGAUCUGCUGCAGUUUUCUGCCAACAUCCCUGCUCUAUAUAAGAGCAAACAGUUUGAAGACUUUUUUAAGGGUGGUGAGGUGCAUGAUGGGUCUGAAUUGAUUGGUCCUGUAGAGCCUUUAUCUGAUUCCCUGAUUGACAGCUUAUCUGACUGCAGUUCUGAAGUUCAAAAGGAUUUAAGUGGACUUGAUGAUGUGAUGCUUACCAGCCAAUCAGAAUGUGGAGGUUUCUCCAGUGAUAGUGACCUCAUCUCUUUGACAGUCGAUGUAGACUCUCUUGCCGAAUUAGAUGAUGGAAUGGCAUCCAACCAAAAUUCUCCCAGUAGAGCUUUUGGUCUCAGCCUUGCUUCAGAAUCCUUAGGACAAGGUGCUAUUGCUUAUGAUUGUGAGUGGAGCAAACCUGAAGGCGAGAGGGAGAGUGAGAGCCGUAGUCUGUUUACUGGGAGCUUAAGACACAAGCUUGGCAAACAUGAUUACUUGGAGAAAGCAGGGGAGCUGAUAAAGCUGGCCUUGAAGAAGGAGGAAGAAGAAGAUUAUGAAGCUGCCUUUAGCUUUUAUCGAAGAGGGGUCGAUCUGCUCCUGGAAGGUGUUCAAGGUGAGUCAAGUCCAACUCGUCGAGAAGCAGUGAAGAGGAAGACCGCAGAAUAUCUAAUGCGUGCUGAAAAAAUUUCCAGCCUAUACCAGAAGUCCUUCUCUGAAGAUGGAUCAGUUUCUGGGCCUCCAGGAUCACUAAGUUCAAGGCCCUCUUGGAACCUAAGGAGCCCUGCCGAGGAACUGAAGGCCUUCAGAGUCCUUGGGGUGAUUGACAAGGUUUUACUUGUAAUGGAUACUAGAACACAGCAGACUUUUAUAUUGAAAGGUCUAAGGAAAAGUAGUGAGUACAGCAGGAACAGAAAGACCAUCAUUCCCCGCUGUGUGCCCAACAUGGUGUGUCUGCACAAGUACAUCAUCUCUGAGGAGUCUGUAUUUCUUGUGCUGCAGCAUGCAGAAGGAGGCAAACUGUGGUCUUACAUCAGUAAAUUCUUAAACAGAAGCCCCGAAGAAAGCUUUGAAAUCCAUGAACUCAAAAGUUCUACUAAAAUUCACCUGCAGCUGCCAACCCCUAGCCCUACAGAAAUCAGCAGUAGUGUCGACUCCAGAGGAAGCAGUGGGGGGAACGUGCUGAGAGUUAUACCAAUGAAGAGCAGCCUUACACCAAGUUCUCAAGAUGAGAGUAGUAACCAGGAAGAUGGUCAAGAAGGUUCUCCCAAAUGGACAGAUUCUGGGUCAAGUUCAGAAGAAGAAUGCACUACUAGUUAUUUAACAUUAUGCAAUGAAUAUGGGCAAGAAAAAAUUGAUCCUGGCUCUUUAAAUGAGGAACCUGUGUUGAAACCAGAAGGAGAAGAUCUUAAAACCAAAGAGUUAGGAUGCUUACAGGCACAUACUUUAGUUGGCAAUGAUAGCUUCAGCUCUCAGAUCACCUCUCGGGAGCUAAAGUUUUUCACUGAAGAUGCUGACCUGGAAGUACUUAGUCCUACUAGGAUAUCAGACUCAUUAAGUAAAUCCAAGCACAGCCCUAUGGAAUUUUUCAGAAUAGACAGUAAAGACAGCACCAGUGAACUUCUGGGGCUUGAUUUUGGAGAUAAAUUGUAUAGCUUAAAAUCAGAAUCUUUAAAGCCAUUUUUUUCUGCACCAGAUCAUGACAAGAGUCUUGAAACCCUGGAAAGCAGGGUGGGCUUUAGAGCCCAGGACACAAUAAGCCGGGGUUCCAAUGACUCUGUGCCAGUAAUUUCUUUUAAGGAUGCUGCUUUUGAUGAUGUAAGUAGUGCUGAUGAAGGAAGGCCUGAUCUUCUGAUAAAUUUACCUGGUGUAUCUGAGAAACUGGAAGAAGCACCAGUGGUUAGGCCAAAAAAGCUUACAAAGACUGAUGUAAACAUCUUGGAAAGCAAACUGUUAGAAACCCCUGAUGUUUUACAAUUAAAUAAUAGUACAGAGCAAUGCAAAGCACUUGAUCAAAAGUUGAAUCAUGUGGUGCCAGAAUUGGGCCAUCCUUCUAGCAAGGAAUCGGAAGGACAAUAUGAUGUCACUCAGGAAAUUGUCAGGACACUAUUUACGUCUGACAUUGACCUGGCUAGUUCAGAAGACGUGGCUCAGUUUCAAGGACUCGGAGCAAUUUCUUCCUCAUCAUUAAAUGCAACAAGCACAGAAGAAAAUUUCUUAUUUAUUUCUAACUCACUCUCAGGUGCUAAAGAGUAUAGCUUAGAUGGAGGCAUUGUAAGAAAUCAAGCAAUGUUGCUAUUUUCUGAUCAAACGGAAGACUUUGGUAAAGAGAAAACAAACCCUACUCUCUUACCAAAAGCUGAAAGCAAAGAGACAGUAGUGGAGGGCAAGAGUGAAGUAGCACUAGAAGGAGAGAAGGAAAUACAUCAAAUUUUUCAGGACCUCGACAAAAGACUAGCACUAACCUCCAGAUUUUACAUCCCAGAGGGUUGCAUUCAAAGAUGGGCAGCUGAAAUGGUUGUAGCCCUUGAUGCUUUACAUAGAGAAGGAAUUGUGUGCCGCGAUUUGAACCCAAACAACAUCUUAUUGAAUGAUAGAGGACACAUUCAGCUAACGUAUUUUAGCAGGUGGAGUGAGGUUGAAGAUUCCUGUGACAACGAUGCCAUGGAGAGAAUGUACUGUGCCCCAGAGGUUGGAGCUAUUCUAGAAGAGACAGAAGCUUGUGAUUGGUGGAGUCUAGGGGCCAUUCUCUUCGAACUCCUCACUGGAAAGACUCUAGCCGAGUGUCAUCCAGCUGGAAUAAACACUCACACUUCUUUGAACAUGCCAGAUCACGUAUCCAAAGAGGCCAGAUCACUCAUUCAGCAGCUUUUGCAGUUUAACCCUGUGGAGCGUCUUGGUGCUGGAGUUGCAGGUGUUGAAGACAUCAAAUCUCAUCCGUUUUUUGCCCCUGUAGAUUGGGCAGAUCUUUUGAGAUGAAAGGAACUAUGGCUCUAUGAACAUGCUCAGGUCUUCUUAUGGACGAAUUUCUCUGGCACAGAAGCACUCCUGACUUGUCAUCAUAUAAGGCAUAUUGAAUCACUUGGACAAUAUGAAUAACGGAGAUGGGAGUAAUCAUGCAAAAAGCAAAUAUUUUUAACACAAAUCACUGACUGGACAGGGUGCUAGUUUAUUUUUAUUGCAAGUGGCUGCUAUAUGUAAACCUUCUCACCAAAGGUGUGCUCUGUGUUGAAACUGUUGGGUAAGCAUGUCUAGCACUGCCAGCUUAUGAAUUAAGUAGAAACAGGACCACACUCCAGGUGCUUCAUCAGAUGACAGAAGUGCAUAACUCUCUAGUCCAUGACAGCAGAAAGUAGGGCCUUUUAUAGUGUCAACAGACUAUUUCCCUGUGCUAGAUGCAACUGUGGGGGAAAGGAUCAAAUAAUUUAUUAAUGGUAUAUGCAGAACAAAAUACUAAAAGUGCUUUAUGCAAAACUUGGCCUAUAAAACAAAAAUAUGUAUCCAUGGAAAAAAAUAAGAAAGCUGUUGCAUCAUACUGUGGAAUGUGUCUUGAAAGUGGCUGCAUAUCAUUUCAAAUAGUGGAAAGAGCAUAUGAAAAAACCAGUGCUGUCUGCGUUGUGCUUUCUCGGUUAGCAAUGUCUGUGCAGAACUCUCUCUCCAUAACGUUGGAUGAGUUUCGUGUUUAAGUCACUACAAAAAAGGAAGUCAUUUUUCCUCAGACAGGUAAAUAUUGCUUUACUAACUUAAUAAGGACCAGGAAAACAUGAUGCUAAAUAAAUGUAUGGAUAUAAAAAUGAGACUCUUCUCUCUUAAUUGCAGUUACCACAGUUUCACUUAACUCUUCCUUGGUGUGUUCUCCUCUUAACCUCUCCCUCUUCAAGACCCCAUUGCCCGCAUUCUUCUUCCUGAUUAAUCCUCUGGAGUCUUAUCUCUUAAUGAUCCUAACAAUCUGAGUGGCUUGGCCCACUCUCAUGAUCUGUUUCCAAGUGCUAGGUGCAGAAGAACCAGGGGACUUGUCGGUCCCAAUUGAGUGAGCAGCAACUAAGGAAACUCUGGGUGGGAAUUGGGAUUGAGACAAUUGGCUGAGCUGUUUGGUGAGUAGUGGGAUCUGAGGGAGGGAAUAGGGAGAAGAGGGCUAAGAAAUGAAGAGUAUUUAUUGCCUUAGUUUUGUUUUUUCUUAUUGCAGCUCCCCAACUAUGCCAAUCCAUGUUCCUGACGUAUACAUAAAUACAGCAUAGACAGAUUCUUUUACAGAUAAUGUAUUUGUAUUUGUUUUUAAAUGUUCCUUUACCCUAGUUUUAUCCGGAGAACAAAGGGCAAAUCCCUUUGCCAGAGAGAGGCUUCAGCAAUCAUUACUGUAUUUAAAAGAAAAAAAUUCUCCUAUUUGUAUUUUAGCAACAUAUUUUAUGGACACUCCCAAAAGUGCAUCUGCACAGUCUCCAUCUGUUAGACACGAGGUCUGUGUAUUAAAAUAAAGUGGAAAAGGAAAAUACUUCACUUAAACAAAGGAAAUCUGGAAACUUUUUUUCCUUUUAAAAUUAUUCCACUCCCCUCUUUUUUUUUUUUCUUUUUUCUUCUUGUGAUCAGAACUCCAGCAGAGGGGCUGCAACAACAGGGCAGGUUGUAACCAGGUCACCAGUAUCAUUGCCUAUGGAGUGCUGUCCAAGAUGACAUCACUCUCAGAAAUUGCAUUUCAACCUACCACCCUCUGGCUUCAUAACAGGAACUCCCUCAGGUGAGCCACAGGAACAACUUCCUGUGCCGAGCUGGUAGGAAAUCUCUAAUGCUCAGACCAAGCUGUUGCAGAGCUUCCUUCCAGCAGUGCCCUAGCUGUGACUUUGGAAGGAGAUCUCUUUGCUCAAGUGAAUCCUCCCUUCCCUCAGCCACCUGACUCAAUCCCUGGGGUUCUCUAUACGGUAACACUAUCAGAUAAAUAUGGUCUGUUGGCUUAUUCCAUUGUGAUAGUUUGCCAGUAACUUUUUUAAAAACACUUUUCUUGUUGUCUUGGUAUCUUUAAAUGCUGUCUAGUUCUAACCAUUCAAGUGGUAUCUAUGUGCAGUUUGCGGUCAAGGGCAAGGCAAAAUGAUACGUAAACACAGCCUGAAAUCCAAAAAUCAAGAAGAAAGAAAACACCAUGCGGGAAGGGACCAAAUAACCAUUUAUUUUCAGUGGAAAGCACCCGGCUUAGUUAAUGACAUCCAAAUAUAUCUAUAACUUUUUAUUUGAAUGCUGUCAAUAUUAUCUCCUUCGGGGGGGAGGGAGGGAAUCUGUGUCGUAGACAACAUAAGGGAGCUGUCACUUGAGAAUGCAACUUGCCCUAAAUAGGUCUUUGAUAGCCUAUGUUUUUAAUAACCAUGCCACUAAAUAGACUAUUUAUAUCACCUAAAGCAAACACAAUUUUCGAGCUGAUACAUAAAAAGGGGAUUUCUGCCAUUGCUCCUAUUGCUGGAUGUCACACUGCUUGGUGUUAAAUAUAUUGGUUUCACUACCUAAACCUGUGGGGCCAAAUUCAGCCUGUUGUUAGUGGAUUUCAAAUUCAGCCCUGAAAGGCCAAUGGAGUUUUGGCCAUUUCCACCAGCUCAUAAUAUGCCCCUGGGAUCUAAAUAUAUAUCUUUGUCUAUUAAGUCCUCAGCAUGUCUGACCAGCUGUUGGAGGUUGUGCUGGUUUUUCCUCCUUACUCCCUUUCCCUCCAGGGGCCCUGCACUCAAGACAUUUAUUUUUGGUUAUAGCAGACGGAUUGACCCAGUCACUACAGUAUCUUAUGGUCCUCAGUCUUUUAGUGAUCUAAAGCCCAUCCUACCUCACUCCUGUUAUAGCCUUAACUACUUAUAACUGUUACAGAAAAAAAAAAAAUCAGUGCUGUCCUAUAGUGGUUAUUGAGAAGUGUAUUUAAUACAGUAGAUUGAGCCCUUAGAUUUCCCUACUAUCCUAAUUCAGGGUCUAGGUAAAGCAAUGAUCUUGGGACACCUCAACGUAGUCCUCACUGGACAGUUGCCUCUGUUAGAGCUAUCAUGUAAAUGUUUUUGCUUCCUAUUAUGCGGAAAGUUUUGGACUGGUAGCAGCGUGCUGAAGUUCUCCAUUGAGGGCAUUGUGGUGGGGAGAGUUUGGACACCCAUCCCUCCCUAUACAGUGUUCCUCCCUUUUGUAAGAACUUGCAUCCAAUAAAAAAAAAAACUAGGAAGGGGGCAUUGUCUUGUUCUCCCCCUGAAUGGUAAGGAACAUCAGUUCCUGUGCUUGUAGCACAGUUCCUCUUUCUUCUUUGAGACUGGCCUCUUGUGGCACUCUGGCUGUAUCAGCACUACCAUGCUGCACCUCCAAAGUAGGUAGUAGUAGCAUUUCAGAUCCAGCAUUUUGCUUCUCCUCAACUCGUAUGUUCGUUUCUAAACUUUCAAAAGGUGGUAUAAUAAACCCCAUGCCGAAAGGCUUCAGAAUGAAGAAGGCUGGGGAUGUCGGCUCUUUCUAACUAAUUUACUAGACCAAACUUUUUUUUUCACGGACCACUUGAAAAUUGCUGAGGGUCUUGGUGAACCACUUAAUGAUCUUUCCAAAUGUUGUUUGUGCCGUUA